AUGUCUGCCGCCGUCACCGCCAGCAACGCCGCCACCGCCGCCAACGGAGUGUCUCCUUCUUCAGCAGCUUCCUCCUCCGCCGUCGCUACUGCCACCGCCAACAGUGCUGCCAAGCCCGCGGUUCAGCCUUCCGAAGUCGGCUGGCUCUUUGUCACGCAGUACUACACUUUCCUCAACCAGAACCCCGCUCGUCUCCACUGCUUUUUCACCAAAAAGUCUACCAUGGUUCACGGCAUCGAACAGGAGGAAUCUUCGCCGUGCUUCGGCCAGCAGCAGAUCCACGACAAGAUCACUUCGCUCAACUACCAGGAUGCCAAAGUGUUUGUUUCCAACGUCGACUCCCAAAGCUCGGCUAGCGGUGGUAUCCUCGUCCAGGUACUCGGUGAGCUCAGCAACAACGGCGCCGCCUGGAGAAAAUUCGCCCAGACCUUCUUCUUGGCCGAACAGCCCAACGGCUACUAUGUGCUCAACGACAUCUUCCGCUACCUCAAGGACGACGACGAGAUCGAGGCAGAGGCAGAAGCCGUCGAUGAGGCUCUCCAGGAGGAGAUCGACGAGGCCGACAAGAACGGCGUCGAAGUUGCUCACACCAUCCAGAUCAACAACAUUGGCAAUGCUAACGCCGUUCCCCACCUUCCGGCCCCCACCAGCUCUCCUGCUGCCUCCAAGGCCAUCGAAGCCGCCGAUACCAAGCCAGCCGCCACCGAGCAGCAGCCUGCUACCAAGCUCGAUGCCCCUUCUGCCGCUGACAACGCCGUCGCCACCUCGACCGCUGCCGAGCCCACCAACACCGAUGCCGACCAGGUCGGUACCGACAAGAAGCUAACCGCGGUCGACAACCACCAAGCGCCUGUUCCUCCCAAGGGCGCAAAGGACGCUGCCGAUGCGGCCAAGACCGAGACUGCUCCAGCUGCUGCCGCUUCCGCGCCAAACGCUGCUGCUUCUACUCCCGCUGCUGCCGCUGCUGCCGCUGCGGCCCCUACUCCUGCCCCUGCCCAGCCUGCUGGUCCACCCAAGCCCAAGACUUGGGCCACGCUCGCUGCUUCGGACGCUACUCGCUGGGGAUCCAACGUCUCGGCCGAAGCAAAGGGUGUCUCUUCUUCUCGCCCAGCUGCUGCUACUACUUCCACCGCCGCCAAGCCGGCUGCUGCUGCUGCUGCUGCUUCUGCUCCCAAGCCGGCUGCUGCUACUUCGAAUGGAGCAAGCUCGUCGCCUUCGGUGUACAUCAAGAACGUCGUGGCGGACCAAGUCACCGAAGCUGCGCUCCGCCAGGCGCUCGAGGCUUUCGGCACGGUCAAGGAUGUGCAGAUCAUCGGCAGCCGUUCGUGCGCUUUUGCCGAAUUCACGAGCGUCGAUGGGGCUCGCAAGGCGGCUGCCAAAGCAAGUGUUGCUGUAGGAAAGAACGGCUGGAACGUCACGAUCGAGGAGCGACGAAAGCCCAGUGCUGGUGGUGCCGGUGGUGCUGGUGCCGCGGGAGGUGCACGUGGAGCGGGUGGUGCGCCUCGUAACGGUGCGGCUGGUGGUUCACGCACUGGCGCUGCUCGUGGUGGAAACGCUGCUGUCCGAGCGGGCCGCGGCGGUGCUGGUCGCGCCGGCGCCAACUAG